UGUGAUACUUUACAGAGGAGGGAUGUAUUGAAAGAGACUAUUGCUACUUACAGCACUGUAUAGCAGCCUGCUCCCACAUUUUGCUGCCUUACUCUGCCCUGAAUGCACUGGAGUGGGGAUGGUCCAUCAUUAACUAUAAACUGAUUCUCAUCAGGAAACUGCACAUUAUCUCACCACCACUUCAAAGGUCUCGUCAGGCAGAGGUGACGCCAGGAGAUGAUUUAAAGGUGAAAAUGACAAGGUUUCCAGCACUCCAACCUUGGCUCUUCUUCUGACAAAACAAUCUGGAUGAACCCAAUGUCUUUACUGUGGAAAUAGCAUCGGAAGCGAAAAACAUAUAUAUUUUUAAUCCUGAUAAAGAAGAUUAGUGGGAAGCUCUUUAAAAAAAAAAAUCUCAAAUUGUGGCACAGAUGGAUUUUAGAAAGUGUUAGAGCUUUCCAAUGACCACUAAUAGAGUAUUCUGCUCUUGGCUGGAUUUUUCAGAGAAUGGCAAUGGUCUCUGCGAUGUCCUGGGUCUUGUAUCUGUGGAUAAGCGCUUGUGCGAUGCUGCUCUGCCACGGAUCCCUUCAACACACCUUCCAGCAGCACCACCUGCACAGACCAGAAGGAGGGACGUGUGAAGUGAUAGCCGCACACAGAUGUUGUAAUAAGAACCGCAUUGAGGAGCGGUCACAAACAGUAAAGUGUUCCUGUCUACCUGGUAAAGUGGCUGGAACGACAAGAAACCGACCUUCCUGCGUCGAUGCCUCCAUCGUGAUUGGGAAAUGGUGGUGUGAGAUGGAGCCUUGUCUAGAAGGAGAAGAAUGCAAGACGCUUCCUGACAACUCCGGAUGGAUGUGCGCCACAGGCAAUAAAAUUAAGACCACGAGAAUUCAUCCAAGAACCUAACGGAAGCAUUUGUUAUAGUAGUAAAGGAAAACCACCUCUGCGGAAAAUACAUUUUAAGAAUUUAAAACAUCUUAUACAUUAGAAGCCAAAUGGAUUUCUUACUUGCACUUUGACUGGUUACCAGAUAAUCACAGUGCUUUCACUGUGUGUCACGAAGUAUCCUAUAAUGAGAAGACCUGGAGUUUUGGGCAACACCAUGGAAAGUGGGUUUAAGAAAAAAAAGGGGGGGGGGGAGUUUCUCAAUGCAAAUUUUUGGGAUUAUGAAGAACAAUCAACUGUCUUCUAAUUUGGAUCUAUAGUUACUUUGUACCAUUUGAAAUAUAUGUAUAUAUAUAAUAUUUUGAAAUAUUAUAUAUUCUCUUCAAAAAACGAACAGUACCACAGUUUGAGGAGACUGGCGUACCUCUUUGAGUUUUGGACGUUUGGUUUUGUUUUCUUGUCCUUUCUUUUUCUAUCGGCAAGGAAAAAUAUGUGCCCUUUGGAGAGGUCAACGUGGCACUCAACGCUGGACGGCCGGCUGCAUGUGGACUCCUGGAAUCUGAGGCAUCAUAACGAUUCUGAAUCAGGAGCUUCCUUCUCUUUCUACCGGAUGGCCAAGGAGCUCAGCGUCCUGUUUUAUUGCUUUCCACCCUGUGCAGUAUUAGCAUGCAAGCUUGGCUUACUUAACCACACUUUAUAUUCAACUGGUAUAUAAUAACCUUUCUAACCUCUUCCAGGAAAAUAUUUUUAGAACUACUAGCUUUUCCACAGAUAAGAAAAGUGAGGAUUCCUGAGGGCACUGCUCCACCAUGCUGUCAAGACUCUGGCCGAGUUAUGGUAGAAUGUGGGUCCCUGUAUUCAGCUAUGUAAAUACAACGUGUUAAGGCUUUGCAUAGCCGUCCUAGACUGCAGAAAUGUCCUCUGAUUAAACCCAAAGUCUGACAUCAUUGAAGUACAUAGUGCUGUAGCAACAAGUCUUAUCAACGCACCUCUUUCUAUAUUUGGUUUGGUUUUUUUUUCCAAGAGUGUUCAGAUCUCUUCUGGUGAGAUGGGAAGACCGUUAAAGCACUGAGGUUCCAGAACAAUCUAUGUGACCAAAUGUUGGACAGGCCUAUUAAAGUGGUAAAUAACUUCUUUCUAAA